GUUUUGAUUUUCUAUAAAGAAUUUACCAUAAAAAUUAUCUAAUUGGAAUACGGUGACAUCUAGUUUGAUUGAAUAUUCGUUGAGUGAACGUGAGCACUGAAGAGCGGCCGGCGAAACUAACCUCUUCUUUAACCAAAGUUCAAUUUCAGUGAAUGUAACAAUGUCAACAUUAAUAUUAAAAUCUAUUGCAUCAUUAAAUAGAAGUAGUGUUUUUACAAAGUUUAGAUAUAUAGCAUUACGUCAACAAUCUACUUUGCCUAAGAAACCUACAAAAGUAAAAAAGGAAUCACCAAUUACAUGGAAAAACUUGGCAAUCUCUAGCGUUCUCGGUACUGGACUCUUGUUGUACAUGUGGUAUCUCAGAGAGGAAAAAGAUAAAGCUAUCGCGCGAGAGAGAAGACGGCAGUUGGGCAAAGCUAAAAUUGGUGGCAAAUUCGAGUUAGUAAAUACAGAGGGAAAGAUAGUGAAGUCUGACGAUUUCUUGGGACAAUGGCUGUUGUUAUAUUUUGGAUUUACACAUUGUCCAGAUGUCUGCCCUGAUGAAAUAGAAAAGAUGACAAAUGUGGUAAACACUCUUGAAAAAGAACACAAUUUAAAGAUACAACCAAUUUUCAUAUCAGUGGACCCAGAUAGAGAUACGCCAACUGUUGUUGGCAAGUAUCUUAAGGAAUUCUCUGAUAAAAUCAUUGGUCUAACGGGCAAUACAGAACAAAUUGGAAAAGCGUGUAAGGCGUAUAGAGUUUACUACAGUAAUGGUCCUAAAGACCAAGAUAAUGAUUACAUUGUGGAUCAUACUAUCAUUAUAUAUUUGAUAGACCCAGAGGGUUUGUUCGUGGAUUAUUAUGGACAAACACAUGAUGUAAGUAAGAUCGUGACUAGCAUCCUGGUAAAUAAGUUGAAAUAUGAUCAAUUAAAAAAUGAGUCUUCUUCCUGGUUGCCAUCAAUGCCAACGAGUAUCAAGGGAGUGUUAUAAGUGUUGCAACAUUCCUGUAUAUAGAUAAUUUUUUAAGUUGGUAUUGUGCUAUAGAAAACUUGGGUAUGUAGUAUGUUAAUACACAUAUAAACAUUACGCGAGUGCGAAAAAUAUAUAUAAAUAUAUAUAAAAUAUUUAUUUUUCAAUGCAUUAAAGAGUAUAAAGAAAAGAUUGAAUAAUAAAGAUUUAUUUUGUUUUUUACAUCACAAUUUAUACAUUAAUUCGUAUAAUAAUAAGUUUUACAUCAAACAUUUGUAUAGCGAACUUAAUAUAAAUAUAUACACAUUUACAUACAUGCGCGUAGUGAGAGAGCUUACGAGGUAAGAUGUUUAAUCGAACGUUUAUUUUCGAAAUGAAAUAUUCUUAUCUUAAAAUUGAUAACACUUUCCACGAUAGGCAACGCUAUCAGUGCAUUCCUUAAUAAAAAAUUUGCAAACAUUUA